AAGAACAGCAGUGUUAUAUGGCUCAAAAAAGUUGAAGCAUGGAAUGAUGGAAUGGUUUGGCCUGAAGAGACUUAAAGCCCAUCCAAUCCCACCUGCUGUCCAGUCUGGUCUAGGACACUUCCCUGGAUGGGCUCACAUCUCCUACAUCUGUAGAAGUUCCAGUUAUUCACAGCCCCUGUAACAGACUCUGCCCAAUGAGUAAAAAAGGAAGUGUUAUGCAAGCAACAGCUGAUUUGUGGAAACGGAACACUGAGGAUGUAACAUUGCUGAAGUGACCUCACAGCUGGGAACAACUUCUGAGAAGCUGCUACAAACAGCCAGAGGUCUUCCAGGUCUCUCCUGUCCAGCUGUUUCUUCAGUGAACCCCCCGUGUAGCAAGCACAAAUACACUUGGCUUUGCUUCAAAACUUCAGCCACAGCAGAAUGUUUAAAAAACUCACCAAAUUCCUUGUAAGUCAAAUGGAUCCAUGCAAAGAAUUGGUCCCUGUCGAGAGCAUCGCAGACAAUGAGCAUUUCAGGCCUCUCUGUCUACUGAUAGAAAGAAGAAAAUCAAACCGCAUAUUCCACUCAGCUCCCUACUACCAGAGGACAGGGUUCACACUGGAAGAUGUGCUGCUGCCUGGAGAAGAUGGUAAAUGCAUAGAGUCUCUCCAUCAAGAUUCCAGCCAAUUUACCCUCAGAAAAACCAGCGCUGACCAAGCUGAUGGAGGUCUCAGCAUUGCUUUUGACCCUGCAAGUGUUGGGCUGCAAGGAGGUGCCUCCUUGUCCAAAGAGUUUUCCAUUACACCACAGAAGAAGAGCGUAUCGCUGGAAUCACUGGAGGCACUGAGAAGAGAAAGGGAAAUCAACAUGGAUCAUUCCUUCAUCCAGCAACUACGGAGAACAGACAUCAAACUAUGUAUGGUCCUGAAUAUGGUCACUGAAAUCCUCGAAGCCUCAGAGGAGGCCGUCUACAGGGAAUCCACCAAGGCAGACGGGGGCAUCAAGGCCAAAUUUUAUGCCACGUUCUGUGCACAGGGCACCAGGGAGGACAAACAAAGCAUAGUCAUACCCAAGGGCUGCACCCUGGCCUUCAGGACCAUCCGGCUACACAUCAGAGAUGGAACAUGGGAUCUGGAUUAUUUCCCAGCAGAACCUGUGAGAAGGGCAGCUUAUGUAGCUGAUGGUCCCUCACAAGGAAAAUUAGGAGCAGUGGUGGCAGAAGUUAACUACUCCUGCCGAAUUUUCCCCGAGCUGUCUUCUGACCUGCUGGUCAUAGUCUUAAACACCAUCAAAGCUGGGAUGAGAGACAAGAACCUCCUGCAGGAGCUCAGACAGAAAAUGGAAGAAGUUCCUGAGCAAAAUUAUGGUUAUGAGCUGAAAACUGAGAGCCCACACUUAAAAGAUCUGUUCAGCACCUUACAGCACUCUCCAAGAGAUCGUCUCCUUCCGCUGGCAGAGGGAAUCACCUACGUCCUUGAUGCUUUGUAUGAGUUAAUGGACGAUCAGCUGCUGCUGCUGCUGGAAUCCUUGGAAAGGAAGAUUGUGUCCCAACAGCUGAGGCUGGUGAGAACACAAAUCACAUUUCGCUCCUUUCAAGGGGGCACGGACUAUUUUAAUUCGAACAACAUCUCCAUAGUGAUAUCACAAGUUGACAACUGA